GUACUUGUGUUCCUUCAGACGUAGACAUGCCAGUAGACCAGUUUUGAAUGUGUUUGGCUCGGCCUCGGCCUGACUUAAAGCGGCAAGUGAUGGAGCAAAUCGGGAUUCUCUCGUGCCCUUUCCGUUCCCGCUAGUUCACUCUUCUUGACCUCCGUACUUCGGCGGACAACCAUGGCCUGCUGUUAGCAACGCAAUUAACUGCGUCUUUGCUACCAACCUUUUUCUUUUGUUCUUUGAUCUUUGUUUCCGGUCGCUCUCCGGACGGCAUUGCCCUGGAACCGGUAUGAGGGCAGCGCUCCGCGCUCCGCUGCGGGCAUCCAAUUUUGAUCCCGCAACGGCCCUUCGAUACUCAACUUCUACUCACGCUCCUCCCAGCUUGUCGUUGCUACAACCACGAGCUCCUACGAUAAUUCGCAAGUCGAUUUCCUCAUCUGCACCAGGAUUUCGGGAAUCAUGUCGAUACCGCGCUUCGGGACAGGCCGGGCCCUUUACGCCACGCGCUCCCUUCUCCUCGAAAACGGCGACUUUGUUGGGAAAUGUCGGUAGUAAUGCCGGCAAAGACACGGGUUCGGGUGGAUCGCAGAAGAGGCUUGUGAAAUAUGCGAUCAUUGGCGGAACGCUGGUUGUUGGCGCGGUGGUGUUCUCGGAUGACGCUCAGCAUAUCUACCGCGCCGCGCAGAGAACGGGGAGGGUUGUUGGGACAUUGGCGGUGUGUAUCAACGAGUAAGUUUUGAAGCUGGUGUUGCGCUCUGCUAUAUGGUGCUCCGUGUCCACUCAUACAUACUUGUCCUCACCAGUUACCGAGUCACCCUCAAGCAAGAAACCUCGUCGCCCGAAGAACGGAGUGAAAACAUCCGGGCUUGCCACAAACGAUGCGCCGAACGAACCCUGCGAGUUCUCGAGAAGAACGGCUCCAUAUUCAUCAAACUAGGACAACAUCUGAGCAGCAUGGGUUAUUUGCUUCCAUUGGAGUGGACCACGACCUUUAUUCCGCUGCAGGACAAGUGCCCCGUUUCGUCGAUCGAAUCCAUCGAGCAGAUGUUUGUGGCGGACACAGGCCGUCGCAUCGACGAGCUCUUCUCUUCCUUUGACUCGGAACCCAUCGGCGCUGCGUCUCUGGCCCAGGUCCACAUCGGUACGCUGAGAGAGACCGGCCAGAAAGUCGCGGUGAAGGUGCAACAUCCGGCGUUGGCAGAAUGGGUACCCUUGGACCUCGCCUUGACUCGGUUCACGUUCUCGAUGCUGAAGCGCUUCUUCCCCGAAUAUGAUCUGGAAUGGCUAUCAAAGGAAAUGGAUUUCUCCUUGCCUCAGGAAUUAGAUUUCCGCAUGGAGGCGGACAAUGCUACGAGAGCCAGCGAGUACUUCAAGGCACACUCGGAUGCUCCAUUGGUUAUCCCGGAUGUUAUGUGGGCUCAGAAACGGAUCCUCGUGAUGGAAUUUAUCUCUGGUAACCGGCCUGAUGACCUGGAGUACUUGGACUCCAACCACAUCAACCGGGACGAAGUCUCCGCGACACUGGCACAUAUAUUUAACGAGAUGAUCUUUGGUGACAAUGCUCCUUUGCACUGUGAUCCUCACGGCGGAAACAUCGCCAUCCGAAAGAACCCAAGUCGACGUCACGGCUUCGAGAUCAUCCUCUACGACCAUGGUCUCUACCGCGACAUCCCUCGCGAAUUGCGCCGCAACUACGCCAAGAUGUGGCUAGCAGUCAUCGAAGCGGACGAAGGGCGUAUGCGCGAGUAUGCACGCAAGGUGGCCGGCAUCACCGACGAGCAGUUCCCGCUCUUUGCUAGCGCCAUCACCGGCCGAGACUACACCAAGGUUACGAAUAAGAACAUCGUCUCUCAACGCACUGACGCCGAGCGUGACAGCAUGUCCGGUGCCCUUAGCGAGGGCAUGUUGCAGCAGCUGGUCGAAUUGCUCGGUCAAGUUCCCCGGAUCAUCCUUUUGAUUCUCAAGACCAACGACCUCACCCGCAGCCUUGACGAAAACCUUCACACCCGACAGGGUCCCGUCCGCACGUUCCUGAUCCUCGCUCGCUACGCCACGCGCACGGUGUUCGAGGAGCAAAUGGAGUCGAUCAACGAGACAGGCGGGAUCCUGCGCAUCGGGAACUUCCUCCGAUUUCUCCGUGCCUGGACCGGAUUCCUUCGCGUCGAGCUGAAGUUGUCCGUCUACGAGACCCUGCUGUCUCUUAAGUCGCGAUUCGCUCAACUUUGGUAGGGACGGGGCAUUUAAAUAGUCAACUUUUUUGUAUACAUUCCCCUUUUUUGUCUCUUGCGUUCUUAUUUCUAUUUUUCUUUUUGGUUUAUUUCAUUGUAGUUUUAUGGUUUGAUAGAUUGGCACGGGUGGGUAGAAUCUGUGCAUCAGAUGGCGUUUUUUUCUUUUUCUUUCCUUCUCUUUUUUUCCCUCUUUUUGUCCGUCUUUCCAAUUCUGAACCCUCGCCUUGAUCUUCGCCCUGCUUGUCUUUCUUUUUAUAUACUUCUCCCCUGCCGUUUGACUUGUUUGGUUUUUCCUUCAAUAAAAUGUUGUAUGUACCAUAUAUAGAUACCGAGUCAGCAGGCAGUAGUGGGCAAUCCCACUGUCGUGUGAAUAGAAUGGAUAAAUCAAUAACUAUCUUAUGCGGUGGCCGUUUGUUAUUCUCAGAACAAGUGCUUAGUUACUGAAGGAAGAAAGAAAGAGAGGUGAAUUUCCUGAUGUGUAUAA